UAGCAGUCAGUGCAAUGGGAUAGGGGAGAGCGAGGAGGAGGAGGAGGAGAGUGAAUGAGAGCUGCUGGAUCUGCCUGCCUGCGUGCCUGCCUGUCGUCUGCUGAAGCUGGGUUUACCGCCGCGCCACGCUGCACUGGCACAAGAGCAGAGUCACGGCCUGUUUGCACUCACUCAGCACCGACCCCAGACCCGGACCACACUCCAGCAUCACCACCAACAAGGAAAAACAGGAACCGAGGCUUUCUCUCUCCAUCACUAAGGGGAGGGACAGCAGCUACGAAAAGGGGGCCUGACGCUACAAUUUAGGCACCAGCUGCUACCUCAACCGAAUCCCCCUCCACCCUAUCCCAUCUUUACCAACACCACCACCACCACCACCACUCCUCUCUUGCUCCUCCCUAUGCCCUUGUCCUCGGCGGCUCCUCUCACCUCCCUGGCCAGUAUAUGGAUAGAAGCUCCCUGUUUCAGCUCAUACAAGAGCAGCUGGACCCAGAGAACACCGGUUUCAUCGCAGUGGAGAACUUCACCAGCUUGGUGGAGCACCAUGAACUGCAGCUGGACCCGUCCAAGCUGGACAUGCUGUUAGCCCUUGUCCAGAGCAAUGAAGAGGGGCAGGUGUGUUACCAGGAGCUCAUUGAGCUGAUGAGCAGCAAGCGCUCCAGCAGUUUCCGACGAGCCAUCGCCAAUGGCCGCCGCACGCUGCAGAGGGAGAUCCUGCUGGACGAGACGGGGCUGGGCCUGUACAAACGAUUUGUUCGUUAUGUGGCCUAUGAGAUCCUGCCCUGUGAGACAGACAGACGCUGGUACUUCCACCAAAACCGCCUGUGUCCCCCGCCUGUCUUCAUCGCUGUCGUCACCAUCGUACAGAUUAUUGUAUUCAUGUGCUAUGGCAUCAUGUUAAACAAAUGGGUUCUGCAGACCUAUCAGCCAGACUUCAUGAAGAGCCCCUUGGUCUACCAUCCCGGCCACCGCGCACAAGUCUGGCGCUUCUUCAGCUACAUGUUUAUGCAUGUUGGUUUGGAGCAGCUUGGGUUUAAUGCUUUACUACAGUUGAUGAUCGGCGUUCCUUUGGAAAUGGUCCACGGUAUCUUACGAAUAAGUCUGCUUUACAUGGCAGGCGUGCUAGCUGGCUCGCUGACAGUGUCCAUCACCGACAUGCGUGCUCCAGUGGUGGGAGGUUCUGGGGGGGUCUACGCACUGUGCUCAGCCCAUCUGGCCAACGUUGUUAUGAACUGGGCCGGGAUGAGAUGCCCGUACAAGCUGCUCCGCAUGAUCCUGGCACUAGUUUGCAUGAGUUCGGAGGUGGGCCGUGCAGUCUGGCUUCGCUUCUCCCCCCCGUUGCCCUCCUCGGGGCCACAGCCCAGCUUCAUGGCGCACUUGUCCGGGGCCGUGGUCGGGAUCAGCAUGGGGCUGCUGAUACUGCGCAGCUAUGAGGAGAGCCUGCAGAAGCAGUGCUCCUGGUGGGUCAUCAUCUUCUCCUUCAUCACGUUCCUCCUCUUCGCCAUCUUCUGGAACAUCUUUGCCUACGAGCUGCUGGGGGUGCAGAUCCCCGCUCCUCCCUGAUGAAGGCCCCCCUCCUCGGGCCCUCAUCCACCUUCACAAUGACUUCAAACACCAAACAAAGGUUCCCGUUUUGCUCAUAGUUAACUUUCCCAUUUCCUCUCAAGUUAGACUCAAAUGAAAUAAUAGGAAAUCUUUCACACUAAAGUCGACCAAGAAUCGUUUUUUACAGAUACUUUGCAAAUCAAAGAAAUAUGUCUCUUUUAUUAAAGAGGGAUUACAGUAGCAACAAGUACAGGUGAAUGUUCCUCAGAUCCUAUUGAGGAGCAUUGUAUCUUUUUAUAUAUGUUGAAAUUUCAUUCACAUUACCAGCUGUAAAGUUUCAGUGAGCAUUUUGACAUUGUGCUCUUUAUUUGUGUUUCAUCAGUCGUUUAGCUGAACGCACCUAAAGUACAAAAUAUCUGAGGAGUUCAUGACACAUGCCUCUGUUGAAAAGAAAAAAGUAGGUGAAGUGAAAGUGUGCACCACAGCUGAUACCAACGCCAAGAGAAGUUCUGUCUUAUAUUAGGUUCAAAGAUCAGGAUCAGUAGCAGUGUUUCUCCUGAAGCUGUGAGGGAUUCGCUGGUUUUGCUUAAAGUCAUUUGAUGCAGAUGAUAUGAAUUUAAAUUUCAGCUGUACUACAAAGCUGAACUGCAAGGUUGAAAAACGUUUUUUUGGCAGAGCACGCUUAUUAUUAUCCAGGGACAGCAAUAAAAAGAAAAAAAACAUAAAAGUACCAGUGAAAAACGAUUGUAGCUAUCACUUUUUAAAACUUUACAGCCCUGUUGUAACUCACAGCGGUCACUGUGACUUUUUGCAAAGUUGCCGGCAUGAUAAUUUGAAAAGAAAAAGCAUCUAUCAGAGUAUUUUCUUAAAAGUCACUGAAAAAUGUCUUUGGUUGAGUAAAAAGACAUCAGUCAGACAUUGUUGAGUGAAAGUGGAUUAAGAAAUCUCUUUUCAGAGCAGGUACAGAAAUUUAUCAUUUCAGGAAAAUACACAUGGAUUUUAAAGCUUCUGUCAAGUCGUACCUUAACAUUAGACAGAGGCGUCACUGUCAUUUUAAGUUACUGUAUUAUUUACAUGACAUUAUACCUACACUGUGGAUACAGAUCGACAUUUUCACACAACAUAGACAAGACAUGCAAAUGAGAAAUCAUGGUCGCAUGACAGGAGGGACAAGACAGAAAAUUAUGAAAAAAUGAAAGCUGAAGUAGUGUUUUUUUUCUGAAUGGUCAUCACUUCAGCGAGUGAACUCCUCCUGUGUCAAACGCCACCAACUCGCCAGGCGCACCGUGUAAAAUAUGCCAUGUCAUGCUCUGUGGCUCUCAGCGAGACAAGGACACAAACACGAACACUCACACAUCCGUCUCCUCUUUGUCUUUGAGAGCAGCCACUGCCUGAUUGUGUAGGUCAAUGUGGACAAACCGAAGAGAAGAACACACACAUACACAAACAGACACACACACAGAUACUGGCCUCUGCCUGUUCUCGCUCUGACAGACUGAACUGGGGAGGGCGCGGAUGUGUCAUCACCUGACCUCUGACCUUUCUGUCCCAGAGGGCAUUGGGGUCUCUUUGCCAGGCCCAGUCUAUACCUCAGUUUCUCAUUCUUAGGGACUGUAUACUUUUGUAAAGGAAUGUACCUAUAAAAAAAAAAAACAACAACAAACAAACAAGAGUGUUAUUAAGUUGUCCCCGUUUUUCAUUUGAUAGUGGAUGUGUAUAUUGUAUGUUCAUAACCAAGAGUAUAUUUAUUUGUAUUUUUUUCCCCUAGCAGGGAAAACAGAAAAGUUUCAAAUGGUGCAAAAUUAAUGCUAUGAUUGUUGUUCUUCUCAUAACUCCUGUAUGGCUUUGAUCCUCUGAAAAAUAGUCCAUGAGGCAAAAUCCCCUGGUUUGUUCGAUGGCCACCAACGACUCAAGCUUGCUUGAUUUUAUAAAUCUUUAGUGCUUUACAAAAUAAGCCAUAGAAAGAACUAAUGUGAGAAGGCAAAGGUGUAUGUUGGUUUGAGACCUGUUGUAUGGUAGCUCAUGAACUUCAAUUCAGAUUUCAUUUCUGUGUGCUCCAAAACUGAAAAACGUUUCUUCAAUGUGAAUACUCUGCAGAUGAGGUUAACGAAGACAAACUGUGCAAGAACAAGCCUGUGAAACCCUGGACUGUUUGAGAUAUUUUUAUGUAGCUAGAUGCAUUUUUACUACUUGCUUGAGAGUCAACGCAGCUUCAUUUUGCAAGUGCCCACAUCCCGAACUCUCCCCCCGUGGUGUGUGACGAUGCCUCGCUGCAGUCCCUCUAUACAGAGCCUGUGUCGUAUAUUAGCUCCGCAGAGAUUCGAGCUUUUUGGAAAGCUGAGCUGAGGCAAGGAUAGCGAGUACAUUUACCCAUGCUGUGUUCCAUUUUUCAGGCUUUCGAUCAAUAAUUCAUUUGAAUGUCCACUGGCUGCCUGCGAAGAAAAUUUUUUUUUUAUGCAUUUGCCAAUUCUGAUGGUUGGUCAUAAAUACAAUUCUGAGAAGUUGCUUCCAAAUGAAAGUGUCAGUAGUAACAGGAGAUAUUGUGUUAAAUGAGAGAAUCAGUGUGAAAUGGCAAGAAUAAGCCAUUUUCAGAUAUUAACAACAUGAAAAGUGAAGAUCAGCUGACACACAGAGGUAAUGAAGCCUUGAUGGAAACUCUUAUGUAUACUAGGAAAUAUUAUUGCUGGGGAUAGCAGAGAUACAUGGAUGAAUAAUGCAUACAUACCCUGUUAGCCUAUAAUGAAGAUGAAGACGAUGCCUGAGAGGAGGUUAAUGUGCCUCUUUAACUUAAGAUUCAUAGGAACCCGGAAGGGUUGUAAAAAAGGGCUAGUAAAUGGAUAUGUUUUUGUAGAUCACAUUAACUGUGAAUAUCACCCCUCUUGGAUGGACUAAAAUGAAAGGCUUAUGUCCCUGAACCUCAAAAAUUAUACACAAAUAAGUUAUAUAAAACAAGUGAAUACCCUUUAUAAUGUAUUUAUGCAAAAGAACAAAGCAGACAAAAUUGUAGUCAGAAGAGGACAAAAUAAGUGCAUGCAGCUUCAAUAGCCAGGUAGAGGAAAUGUUUUAGUAGAUUAUUACUUUUUCUGCAAGGCAAAUCUCCUGGCCUGGAGCCUGAGCCAGCCACAGCACCAACACACCUCACAUCUGAGAAUAGAGGCAGCUUGCCUCGAAGGAAACGAGUCAAAGGGAGUGACAGAGGCCUGAUCCUCUGUAAGUGACAGGUUUAGUUUGGUGUGUGUGGAAUGGAAAGACAGCAGCAUCAGUGGCAAAGGAACAAUGUCUGCACCUGCCUCAUAAAAAAAAGAACCUCAGCAGGGCUGUUGUCAAGCUCUACCUGCCCUCACAUCCUGUCAGCGCAUGUCACAACACCCCCAGUGUCAGCAUGAUGCAUGGCUGUUGUGAGGAACCCAAAGCCAGACUGUAAACGGGAUAUCGUCCUUUAAUAGGUGGAUCUGACAGGCUGCGGGAUGUUAAUUUAAUGGCUGUCUUUGAGUGACAUAUUUGUUUUCAGCGCUAUAAGAAAGGAAAUGGCAAUGGGCUGAGUAGGAGCAGCCGAUCAGAACAUCACUCCACAUAAUCCACACCUUCUCUGUGGUUGGUUUGGAGCUGAUGAGAGAGGUCAAGAGAUGAGAUGUAACAGAUCGCUUAAAGGUUAGAGCAAAACCUGUGUGAGUCUCAUUGAUACAUGAACCCUUGUUGAUGUGACUGUCCCCAAAACCAUCCAUUUCUGUGCUUGUCUGAUUCAGAAAUGCAGCAUACUUGACGGUUUCUUAUCUCCUGUUCUUGUUUUUUGUCAUCGGUGGACUUUUUUGCACUUAUAAUAACGUAGACAUGUUGUUGUGUGCCAUAUUCUCUACUAUCAUAAACAUUCUUUGAUGCUAUGUUUUUUUAAGGUAUUACCUCCCUAUGCCAAUCCAUUGUGCUGUUAUGCCCAAUGCCUUGUUAUUUAUAAGCCCAGGACUAAGCACCAUGGCGAGAAGGCUGCUUUGCUGUUUUCUAUAUAGUACAUUCUACACGAUCAUGCACAGAAUCCACAAGAGAAAGACGCCGCAG